AUGGAACUCAUCGCUUCCGUCAGCCGGAGCAGUGGCCUGGAGAAGGACGGAGAUGCAUUGCGCGACGCCAGAGUCCAAGAAGAGUAUAGGACAUUCAUCCAGGGCAAGCUAGACGACUACUGGAAGAGGUACCCACUAUCCUCGUAUGCAGACCUCGGGAGCGAAGACGCCGAUGCAGCCCGGAGCCGCAAGGAAAAUCAAGAGAACCUGCUGAUAUUGCUCCGUAAGCUCCGAGAGGGACUGCUCUCCAUCAAGCGCAAAGAUGCAUUUGCCCUGGAAGUGUACGAGACGUCUCUCUAUCUCGCGGUGCUGUUCAAAUCCCCGGUCCAGACGACCUCCGCGCUCUCCCAUAUCUUCCCCGACCUAUACAUCUCGAUUGCAUCGCAGAGUGCGCAGCCCCCAGCAUCAGCAUCAGCCUCGAGUGCGACGAAGCCGUCCCGAGUGAUUUCGGACAGAGAGAAAUCAUUGUCCACAUCUCUGCGAACUGAGAAGGGUCCAGAAGUUUCGCUCCCGGGCUCAGCACUCGCUACGACGCUCAUCUUCCUCCUCCACCAUCUCGUCACGACAUACCCAUCUCAGGUCGCGUUCCAUACACAGGUCCGCCAACUGCACCCAGCACUCCAGGCUGUCCUCGGAACGCCCAUCUUCGACCCCACCUCAAGGCUCCCUGCCGAGGCCGCGCUAUCGGAACCACUCGCGCCUCCAUCUAUAUCCAAACUCAAACUCAAUGUCGACACCCCGUCCGAGACCGGACCGCACUUGGGCUCCAAGGAGUCAAAGCCAAAGCCCGCGAUUGAGGCAACAACAAAGACAAAGACAAACCCGGCAGCUGCUUCUGGGCGCCAGCCGCCAGCCGCUCCAUCGCCGCUAUCCAACACGGCUUCCCCGUCAAGCAGAGCCCCAGCUGCCCCGCGUGUGUCGCACCCACCGCGGCCGGCAUCGGCACGCGACUGGCUUCGCGAGCUCGCGCGAUGCCUGAGGACGCGGAACUACGCCCGGCUGGAAGGCCUCACACGCCGCGAAGUCUUCGGCGGUUUUAUCCAUGUGAACUUCGCCGAGUUAGACACAGACACAAGCGGACGCGGGCAGCUUAUCGAGGCGAUCGAUCCCAUCGACAGCAAAGGCGGGGCGACGCCGAGCUACGAAGACCUCGCGCUAGAGGCAAUCGGGGUGCUUGUGGAGAGCCUGCUCGAGAAGGCGCGCGGGGUGACGUGGAACGUGCUCAGGACUGCGUAUCGCGAGGUUUCUUUGAGCGCGACGCCUAGUGCGCCUGCCCAUGAUACGGGGACUACUGGAGAUUGGCUGGGGAGGUCGCUUGUGCUAAGAGCGUGCGCCCCUCGUACUACGGGGCCUGACGGAGCUAGCGUCAGGCAUGCGGCCAUAGAAGCAUGGCUCGAUGAGCGGUGCAGGAGAGGCGAGGCGCGACGGAAGCAGGGCGAGGGUAUGGACGGACGGUGGAUACUCGUCAAGGCGUGA